AUGCGCGGCUCGCGGCUAUGGCGCGGGUAUAUUGCGAUGCUGAGCGUGGAUCCCAAAUGGCGGGGCCUCGGGAUUGGCACGCGGCUCGUGCAGGCAUCAAUGGAUCGCAUGAUGCAGUCUGGUGCCGCGGAAAUUGUGCUGGAGACAGAGGUUGACAAUCGCGAUGCACUCCGCUUAUACGAGCGUCUUGGGUUUAUUCGCGAAAAGCGUUUAUUUCGUUUCUACCUAAACGGCAAGGACUCGUUUCGUCUCGUGUUACCUAUACCACCACGACAAAGCGCGGCGCAUGAUAUCGGCAUGGCGCCGCCACGACGUGCAUUCUUCCCCGACGCAAUCCUAUAG